AUGGCUUCUUUUAGCUUUUACACUCUUCCCACUUCCACCUCCACCACCACCACCAUCAAGAAUCCCUUAUUUUCUAAAAACUCCUCACACGUGAAGCACUCACAUCGCUUCAAGUUUUCAUGCAAAGCCGCCGCUGAUAACAAUGAAAAAUCUGUCGAAAAUUAUGAUACCCCAAAACUCAUACUACCAAAAUCUCCAUCGCUUGAUACGCAGAACGUUGACAGGAGAAACUUGCUCCUGGGACUCGGAGGUCUGUACAGCGCUGCCAACUUGACCAGCAUUCCGUCAGCCUUUGGCGUUCCCAUCCAAGCACCAGACAUUAUUUCAAACUGUGCUACUGCCACCAUAAGGGGCAAAUCAUCAGAGGCUAUAAGGGGAUUAACUUGUUGCCCUCCGGUGCUACGCCCAUCGGUCAAACCAGCAGAUUACAAAUUUCCACCCAACAAAGCGAUUCGUCUUCGACCAGCGGGACAGAGGGUCAGUGAAGAAUACAAAGAGAAAUUUCGAAAGGCAAUUGAGAUAAUGAAGGGAUAUGACGACGAAGACCCACACAGUUGGAAGCAACAAGCUAAAGUUCAUUGUGCGUACUGCAACGGCGCUUACAAUCAAUUAAAAAGUGGUGCUGAGUUCGAGAAGUAUAUAAUCCAAGUUCACAACUCAUGGCUCUUCUUUCCAUUCCACCGUUGGUACCUGUAUUUCCUCGAGAAGAUAAUGGGAAAUGUGCUCAAGGAUGACACUUUCGCUCUGCCAUACUGGAACUGGGACCACCCUACCGGAAUGACUAUUCCUGCCAUGUACGAAGAAAAAUUAAAAAGGCCAGAUGGCGUCAAGGUUGGCCCUGAAGAAGGCACUAGAUACAACUCUCUGUUUGACCCUUUAAGGAAUGCAUCACACCUCCCACCAACCCUCAUUGAUUUUCAAUAUUAUCCUCUGAAACAAGAAGUUUAUACUUGUGCAGAACAGAUAGACGUUAAUCUGUCUGUUAUGUACUCUCAGAUGAUCGCCAACGCCCUUGAUACAGAAUCGUUCAUCGGUGGCCCAUUGGUGGCUGGUGACCCCGAUAAACAACCAAAAAAAAAAAGGUGGGUCCAUAGAGAAUGGGGUUCACACGAUUGCCCACCAAUGGGUGGGUAA